AUGGUACCCACCGAUGAUCCCCCACCACCCUACGCCCUAGAAGACAUCGACGAGGACGACCAGUCGAGACUGCUCCUGAGCGAAGAGCGAAGGGAUCUGGACGAUGCUUCGAGGGACUUGCCUGAUGGGUGGGCGAGGUGCUAUGAUGCGAGCACUUUGCGUACUAUCUGGUACCACCCUUUCGACGAUGCCCAAUACCUCAGUACACUCCCCAUCACUCACCCCGCGCACCCAGAGUCGAAGCAAGCACAGGGCAUCAAGAAGAAGAUUGAAGAUGCGAGACUGAGGAGGCAGAAGGGGCUGGAUGUCAAGGUUGCUCCGAAAGAUGAGACGAAGAGCAGGGCGGGAGAGGUCACUUUGAGCACAUGA